GGAGCGGGUGAGGCGCGGCGGGGGCUGGGGGGGAUCUGCUGGGUUUCCUGCGGUCUCGGCGAAGGUUUGGGUUGUUUUUGUUUGUUUUUUAAUGUUAUUGUCCACUUGACUCUUUUGGGGACGUUUUCCCGAGGUGCAAAUACUCGGAAAACUGCUCCAAAGGUCCCCGUGGCAGAACCGCCUCAAAUGUGACACCCCCUCGCUCCCCCACGACCCGCCCCGUGGGGGCUCCGGGCACGGGGAUGUUUGGGGAGAGAGAGGCUGACGGGUCUUCCUGCAGGAGUUUUAUAGAUGUUGAGAUUUGGGGUUUUGUUUUAAAACAGCAACGUGUGCUGAUUUUACAACAGGAAGGCAUGAGGUGCGGUCCUGGACAACAGCCACCAAGCAAUCCUUGUGUGUUAUGUGGCAAAAAGUGAAAGCGCAGCUAAUGCUAAGCAUGUCUUUCCUCGUUGCUGUUUUUUGGUACUGCAGAAGGCUAUACAGCUUUUUAGCACAGCUACUGAAACGGUGGAGCAACUACCUUCAGAGAAAACUCAUAAGGAAUCUCAGUGUGCUGACAGAAAUCGAUCUACUUGGUUACAGUGCGAGAGAAUGGAAAGGAGAAACAAAGCAGGCCAAACACAUGAGGGAGGCCUAUGAAGAAUUGUUUCGGAGCUAUCACAUCAAAUAUCUGCGACAAGUCAGGAGGGACAACUAUUGUGUACUAAGAGCAGUGCUUUUUCAGAUAUUCAGCCAAGGCAUUCCAUUUCCAUCAUGGAUGAAGGAGAGAGAUAUAUUAAAGCUCCCUGAAAAGCUUUUGUAUUCCCAAGGUUGCAACUGGAUUCAGCAAUACAGUUUUGGGCCAGAAAGAUACACAGGUCCCAAUGUCUUCAGUAAAUUGCGCAAAUGUAUGGAGACAUUAAAGACCAAUUGGACUGAAAUAAGUGCUACUAAAGAUCAUGAAGAAAGAGGAAACAUGUGUAACACACUGUUUUCUGAUGAGAGCAAAGAGCAAAAACUAUAUGAGGCCGUAAAAUUCAUCAUGCUCUAUGAAGUUGUCGAAGCCUAUGAGCAGAUGAAGAACAGAGAAGAACCUGUACACAACCUUUUUAGCCGCCUCCUUGCUCGUGAUUCUUCAUCCGACCCUUUGAGUUUCAUGAUGAACCAUCUGAACUUCAUAGGUGACUCUAUUUGCCUAGACCAGGUUGAACUGUUUCUUCUUGGAUACUUACUUGAAGUGAAGAUAAGAGUUUACAGACUGCAUAGGUUUAAUACCGAGGAAUUUCAAGUAAGCUAUCCAGAUGAAUACCGAAGGGAAUGGAAUGAGAUUUCUCUCCUGACUGAAGAUGACCGCUACUAUCACAUCCCCCUUCUCAGAACGUGAAGGACCAGUGACUUUUUUUCCUUUGUGUAAUAUAGUGAGUGACCGGUUCCAGUAAAUUAGGUUUCUAAUUGGCAGCAGUAAGAUUUUGAGAAUGCUCGUUCAUGAUUACAAAAUGAUUUAUGAGUUCAUUGUGUAAACGUUUUACUUUCCUUUUGCAGCUCAAUUCAUCAUCAGUCAGCCAUAAAAAGCAUAACAUAUAUUGUUAUACGGUCUGAGGGCAACAAAUGUCAUAUUUGAGAGCUGUCAGACAAAAAAGAUUGGACUGCAUGAUGAAGGCAAAGGUAUUACUGGGUUUUCCAUUGCUAGUCCCAUAUUUUGUACUCCAAACUUGCACUGAUCUGGGGCCACCUAGGAUAGGAGGAUGCAAACUGGGGCCUCUGCAGAGCUGCAGGUGGCUUCUCCCAUUGCUGGACCAUCUCACACAGAAUCACAGGAUGUCCAGGGAUGGUCAGAGCAAGCAGCUGCAGGCUGUACUUACCUUCAGACAUGUGAAAUUAAGCUGCCUGUGCUCAGUGCUGAUACCCGAAGGUGAAGGAAUGUUACACAGGGGGAGAAAAAAAAACACCCCCACACAAAUACUGUGACAGAUGAAUGGAGGAUCUACUUUAUAACUGAGGAAAGUACACAAGCUUUCCCAAACCUAAAAAUGGCAACAGUAAUUAAUAAGUAACAUGCAAUAGAGUUAGACCUGGUAGCUGCCUAUGGAUUUUGUCAACUUGUCAAUCCUUUGAGGGCUGAUUUCAACAUUACCUGCCAAGAGAUAACAAGAUGUCCUUUGCAAUUCAUCUGAGAAAGCUGCGCACAGAAUAAAUUCACAAACACUGCAUUUUCAGAGAAAAUUAAUUUUCUAUGCAUUAUGUGAAUUCAGCAGUGUGUAUACAUGUUUUGUCAUCUGAAUAUAUAUAAUUCUCUUUGCAUAAGAUAUCUUUAGUUUAGACUUCAAUGUUUGAAGAAGUCUGUCUGGGACAGCUAAAUGAUACUUACUUUAUUACAUGGAACAUUUUGCCCAUUCUCUGCAAUAAUCAAUUGUGUUUUGAUUAUUUCAAAAACAAGGGACUUUAAUUUGAAGAAAUAUUAAAAUGAUAUAGCAGAACUAGCAAAAUAUUUAUGAAAAGCUUACAGUCCCAUAGGCAUACAGUUAUAUUGAAGAAAGUAGGUUUUAUUAAGAAAUAAAGCCUCUACUUUCCUUAUCCUAGAAAUACAGGAACAGUCAGGUUUGGCUUUUAACUUCUGCAGGGGAAAAUACCAGCCAGUAACAAAAAUGUGAACAGGGUCUGCAGGAGCUAAAGCAGUUUCAGGAGGUAACUGGAUGGUAAUGUUUGGAGUGCACUGAGACCACUCUGUUCCUCUAUGUAAAGGAAUGCAGUUUUAUUCUUUACAGUCCUUUUAUUUGUAUGUAUAUGUACAUAUAUUUAUAAACACAAACACCUGAGUUCUGUAUUAUAACAGUUUUGUUUCCGGAAAGUUUUUCUGAGUUCAGUUUUGUUCAGUAAUUUGUAGCUUUUAAUGAAGAAGGCUUGAUACCUGUCCUAAUGUCAUCUCAUCAAAACCUGCAUAUCAAAUACUUUAUUUAUUGAAAGAAACUUUUUUUCACUGAAUGAAAUAAUUUGCCUACUUUAGAUUUGGUUUUGCACCGCAUAGGGAAAUGUUAUAAUGUCUGAGAUUCGGAUAUUGCUAUCUACUUUGUAUCAACAGUAACACUUACAGCUAUCAAUAAACUUGUCUAUAUUUUAUUCUUAUUUUGGUACAAGGAGAUAUGCCAAAAAAGGAUGUCUUUUUAUAGUGGGCUUUUUAAUGGUUUGCAUAUUAUUUAUGAAUAGGAAAACAAAAGCUUUGCAGCCGAAAGUGUUAAAUUGUAAAAAUAUAUGUUUUUGUGAUCUUGAGCAUAUUGAUAGCAGGGGCUUAAUAAAGCCAGUGGAAUUUA